AUGGACUGGAAUAUUGAUAGAAAAAUCUCUACUGUUACUGUUGAUAAUUGCUCCACAAAUGAUGCCAUGAUUACCAUGUUGAUGGAUAAGUUGAGUAAUAUAUUGCUUUUGUUGGGUGGUACUUUGUUUCAUAUGCGUUGUUGUGCGCAUAUUUUGAAUUUGAUAGUGAAAGAUGGAUUGGAUGUCAUACGAGUAGGUGCGGAGAAAAUUCGAGAGAGUGCAGCUUAUUGGACAGCAACACCAAAAAGACAAGAAAAAAUUGAAGAAAUAGUUAACCAAUUGCGUAUUCCACAUACUAAGAAAUUAGGACUUGACUGUGCAACUAGGUGGAAUUCAACCUACUUGAUACUUCAGGCUGCCUUAUUAUAUAAGGAUGUCUUUUCUCGGUUGAAAAUUAGAGAGCCUCAAUAUAAGACUGUGUCAAGUGAGCAAGAAUGA